UCAUUGCAAUAAAUAAAUAAAAUGUAUUAAACAAUUUCACCGAUAUCACUCAAAAACCACGCAUUGUAUUAUCAGUUUUUGAAUCGAACAAGUGAAUUUAAGACCUUUUACAGUAUGAAUUUCUUCGUUGUGAUAUUUCUUAUGUUGGCUACUUACGUGACUGGGUCACUUAAAAGCAUUUUAUUAAACCCAAAUUUCAUUGACACGAAAAUUCCAAAACCGUUUCUUCAAAAAUAUGAUGUAUUUGAAGGCCGCAUAACAAACGGUGAAGCUGCAAUUGCUAAGCAGUUUCCAUAUCAAGUAGGACUUUUACUUGCUCAGGACGAUGGAAAUUAUUGGUGUGGUGGAACUUUGCUCUCAGUCAGAUGGAUUCUUACUGCAGCACAUUGUACAUCAGGAGUAAAUGAAAUUCAAGUGAUUCUCGGUGGUUUAAGGAGUAAACCAAAUGGAGAUACAGGAGAAGUUGUUAUAACUGUUCCGGGAUCUUCCAACAAUAUCUUCAUACACGAAAAGUAUAAUCCUUAUCUAAUUGAGAAUGAUAUUUCUAUGAUUCGAUUACCAGAAGCAAUAACUUUAUCUGAUUACAUCAAGCCUGCCAGUUUACCAAAGUUCACAGGUAAUGCUCCAUUGUAUACGGGACAAAGUGGAAUAAUUUCUGGAUGGGGUCGUGUUAGUGAUAGUAGUUCUGGAAUUUCAUCAUCUCUUCAAUGGACUGAUGCAUUAAUUAUUUCAAAUGCUGCAUGUGCAGUUUAUUAUGGACGUCGACCAACUACUGAAAUUUGUAUUGGAACAAAGCAAACUUACAAGUCAACUUGUAAUGGUGACUCGGGUGGUCCACUUGUGAUUGAAGGAACCGAUACGCUAAUUGGUGUUACUUCAUAUGGAUCAUCUUAUGGCUGUGAAAUUGGAUAUCCAGCUGGUUUUUCAAGAGUUACUUCAUAUUUGGAUUGGAUUGAAGAAACUUCAGGUCUUACUCCUUAAAUAGGUCAAUUUUAUAACUUAGUUAAGUAAUUUGAUCAUAUUUAUA